AUGGGCUCUCGAGUACUACGAUUCCAGGCAUAUGGAAAAUGGUUUAUGCUAUUGGCGCUUUCGCUGGCGAUAUGUCUACUACAUUUGCCAAAUUAUUCCUGUACCUACUCUAGAGAUCUUCCAAUAUGUACUCCGCAGUUUUCAUUCCAGUUAACCAAUACCACUCCUACUGCCACGUUAUUUUUGAGUACGGUCAAAGAAGUUUCUAUGCUACUUUCCUACGUGGCCAUCGAUCUAGGCUGGAACGUGAAUUUUCCAAAACCUGAUGAUUACGACACUUCAAAUCUUGUCAACACUUUUGAUCCUUCAAACAAAUACCAUGUGAACCUAUUUGGUUACUGCAAGUGGCAGCCACUGUCGAGCAAGGCCACUUGGUACUGCAUGGAUAAUCCAAACGGAUUAGAUAUUCUUUCAAUGAUAGUAAGAGACCUUGGUGCGCAGCUUGGGGUGCUCUCGCACAGCAAUACAAAAAUCCUCAGUGACUCUUUGUGGAUCCUAUACAGAUCCAUGUUUGAUUCCUUCUACAAGUUUGUACACGAUGACGAUUACCGCGCAAACAAAGUGGCCAGCUUCCUACAAAGUCUUCAACAGGGUGAACCGCUGCAUAGCGUUGACCAAUUUAAAACGGUUACUUUGUUGGUUAAAUGCUUUGAGAACUUAACUUGGGCCAUACAGGUGACCGAGAUCUGUUCCUUCGUUUUAAUGGCCGUAGCAUUUCUUCUGUCGUGUGUUGCGUUCAUUUUAGACCUUAUGUCCAAUAAAGAGGCACUAUACACCAACCGUACUGAGCGGCAAGCUAGAUCUCAGCUAGCCAAACUGGUUACGUUGAGGAUCUCUUACGCUGCUGUGACUGCAAGUAUGUUCAACCAAAUAGGAAUGGCCGUUUAUUUCCUCGUAUUAUUUAGUAUACGGUACCCAUAUGACUACAAAGUAAAAGUUAUGACAUUUAAUCCAGAUACAGGCUAUUGGUUGUCAAUUCUGAGAUUCUUCAUGGAAUUCUGGUUUGCUGUCACAUGUCAUCUAAGCUUCAGCCAGCAGAAGAAUAAGCUGGCGAAUGCUAAGUCUGCUCAGUGGAAAUCUGAGGGUGAAACACCAGACAGUGGCAAUACAGCAGUAAGCGAUCCUGAUGCAUGUCAGGUUUAA